GAGGCGGGAAGCGGCCGGCGGUGUCUCCGGGACUCUGCUCCGUGGGGUCAGCAUUCUUCAGAACAGGCGUGUCUGCGGGGGAAGGAUUGCUGUACAUCUUAAAAUAAAGGUUCAGUGUCCCUUCUGCUUCCUCUGCCUUCGUCUUCCAACCAUGUGGUUCCUGCGUGGGAGCAGUGGCCCCAGUGGGAUGUGAGAGCCAGGACCUUGUCGUGAAUGUCAUCAACAAAAAGGGCACAGACAUAGCCAUGAGGUCAGCAUUCUUCAGAACAGGCGUGUCUGCGGGGGAAGGAUUGCUGUACAUCUUAAAAUAAAGGUUCAGAUUCCAGAUCGGCUUAUAACUGUGUGACCCUAAGCCCACAGCCUGAAUCACCUGGUUGGUCUUUCUGGUGUGGCCAGCCCCCAACAAAAACGAAGACAUUCCUAUCAGCUCCGGCCUCUUGGAAUUUUUGUCUUCUGUAAGGAAACUCCAAGAAGACUAAUCAAUUCUUGAAUUCUGAAACCAUGGCCCAGGGCACGGUGACAUUCUCUGAUGUAGCCAUAGACUUCUCUCAGGAGGAAUGGGCCUGCCUGACCUCUGCUCAGCGGGACCUGUACUGGGAUGUGAUGUUGGAGAACUACAGUAACUUGGUCUCACUGGAUUUGGAGUCAUCAUCAUAUGACCCUAAAGGUUUAGCUACAGGAAAGCAUAUUCGUGAAAGAAAUUUUCCCAAAAGGAAAGAAAGCCUUGAUGGAAAAAGGAAAUCCCAUAGCCUUAACCGGAUGAGUGAAGGCACACCUGAAGGACCGCCACGCCCUCGAGUGAGAUAUAUCAACCAAAUGGUGGUCACCUAUGAAAAGAGGCCUAAUAGAGAAGGCACACUUACUCGAUCACAUCAGAGAAUUCAGAUUAAGGACAGUACCUUUGAAUGUAAGGAAUGUGGGAAGGCCUUUAGUCGUGGCUAUCAGCUUAGUCAACAUCAGAAAAUUCAUACUGGCGAGAAACCUUAUCAAUGCAAAGAAUGUAAGAAAGCCUUUCGUUGGGGUAAUCAGCUUACUCAACAUCAGAAAAUCCAUACUGGCGAGAAGCCUUAUGAAUGUAAAGACUGUGGGAAGGCCUUUCGAUGGGGCUCAAGCCUCGUUAUUCAUAAGAGAAUUCAUACUGGUGAAAAACCCUAUGAGUGCAAAGACUGUGGAAAAGCCUUUAGACGUGGCGAUGAACUCACUCAGCAUCAGAGAUUCCAUACCGGUGAGAAAGACUACGAGUGUAAAGACUGCGGGAAAACCUUUAGUCGUGUGUAUAAACUUAUUCAACAUAAGAGAAUUCAUAGUGGGGAGAAACCUUAUGAAUGUAAAGACUGUGGGAAGGCCUUUAUUUGUGGUUCAAGCCUCAUUCAACAUAAGCGAAUUCACACAGGUGAGAAACCCUACGAAUGUCAAGAGUGUGGGAAGGCCUUUACUCGAGUCAAUUAUCUUACUCAGCAUCAGAAAAUUCAUACUGGUGAGAAACCUCAUGAAUGUAAGGAGUGUGGGAAGGCCUUUCGUUGGGGUUCAAGCCUGGUUAAGCAUGAGAGAAUUCAUACGGGUGAGAAGCCGUAUAAAUGUACCGAAUGUGGCAAGGCCUUUAACUGUGGCUAUCACCUUACUCAACACGAGAGAAUUCACACUGGUGAAACCCCUUAUAAAUGUAAGGAAUGUGGGAAGGCCUUUAUUUAUGGGUCAAGCCUUGUGAAACAUGAGAGAAUUCAUACAGGGGAGAAACCCUAUGGAUGUAAAGAAUGUGGGAAGUCCUUUAGCCAUGGCCAUCAGUUGACACAGCAUCAGAAAACUCAUGCCAAAUCCUACGAGUGUAAGGAAUGUGGAAAGGUAUGUAAUCAUGUGACCCAAUUUAGAGAACAUCAGAAGACUCAUAAAAAUUGAAAAACCUUUUGAAUACGGUAGUCCCCUCUUACGGGGGUUUCAUUUUCCACAGUUUGAGUUACCUGUGGUCAACCGCAGUUUGAAAAUAUUAAAUGGAAAAUUACAGAAAUAAACAAUUCGUAAGU